CACACGUUAACGGGCCACUGCGGCAAGGUGAUGGCGGCGAAGUUUCUUGGCGAGCCUUCAAAAGUAGUUACCGGCAGUUACGAUCGCACCCUAAAAAUUUGGGACCUGCGUAGCAAAGCGUGUAUAGAAACAAAGUUCGCGGGCUCGAGCUGCAACGACCUCGUGACAUCCGACGGUGCUGGCUCGACGAUAAUUAGUGGCCAUUUUGAUCAAAGAAUUCGAUUUUGGGAUACCAGAGCCGAGUCUAGCUCGAACGAUAUUUUAUUGGAAGGAAAAGUGACGUCGCUAGAUUUAUCUCGU